CACAUCCGGACUCUCUCUAUCAAAUUUACGUAAGCGCAGUGAGAAAAAUAAUUAGCUGGGCCACCAGCAUACUGUUGGCGUACAGCUGCAAAUACCUGUCGAGCUAAUCUUGGUUAAAAUGUUGGUUUAGUGCUGUUUCACAGGUGGUAUACCCUGCUUUUGUUAAUAGUACCUCGCGACUCUGCUGUAUAUUUCUGUCAGUGUCAAAUACAAAUCUACUUCAAUUCGUCGGCACAGAUUCUGUUGCUUAAUUGCUGGUGAGGAGGAGCACUCACUAUAUAGCUCAAUCCAUCUUCCUCUGCAAAACGUACGCACGACACUACGACACUCUGGUUGCGAUCGAUUAUCACUCCCUGAUCGCGAGUUCUUGGUCUGCGAGCGUCUGCAAUUAAGGGAAGAGUUCCUCUUUGUUUUGACGAGGAUCGAGGAUUGUUUGGACGAACCAGCAGCAGCGUACGUGCCAAUUUCAUUGAUAGUCGCUGUAUCUGAUUUACAGGAAAAAUACAUACAACAGUGUGUGGUAAAGUAUACUACUAUUACUGGAGUACUAAUUAAUGGAAGAGACCCCUCUGCCAUCCGGGAAGAACUUCAGGAGCCAGCUUGCUGCUGCAGCGAGGAGCAUCAAUUGGACGUAUGCCAUAUUUUGGUCCAUUUCAACCAGCCGCCCAGGAGUUCUGACUUGGAAGGACGGCUUCUACAACGGCGAGAUAAAGACGAGGAAGAUCACGAACUCCAUGAACCUCAUGGCCGACGAGCUGGUCCUGCAGAGAAGCGAGCAGCUGAGGGAGCUCUACGACUCUCUCCUCUCCGGCGAGUGCGGCCACCGAGCGAGGAGGCCCGUCGCUGCACUGUUGCCGGAAGAUCUCGGGGACACGGAAUGGUACUACGUCGUCUGCAUGACCUACGCCUUCGGCCCCCGCCAAGGGUGCGUAUGGUUGCCAGGCAAAAGCUUCGCAAGCAAUGAAUUUGUUUGGCUGACAAACGCUCAGUCUGCAGAUAGAAAACUAUUCCAUCGCGCGCUUAUAGCAAAGAGUGCAUCUAUUAAGACAAUCGUCUGCGUGCCAUUUAUCAUGCAUGGUGUCCUUGAGCUCGGGACCACUGAUCCGAUUUCGGAGGACCCGGCUCUCGUCGACCGUAUCGCGGCGUCGUUCUGGGAUACGCCGCCCCGCGCGGCGUUCUCGUCGGAGGCGGGAGACGCCGACAUCGUCGUCUUCGAAGACCUCGACCAUGGCAACGCCGCCGUCGAAGCGACGACGACGACGGUCCCGGGGGAGCCACACGCGGUAGCCGGCGGCGAGGUCGCCGAGUGCGAGCCCAACUCCGACAACGACCUCGAGCAGAUCACCAUGGACGACAUCGGCGAGCUCUACAGCCUCUGCGAGGAGCUGGACGUCGUGCGCCCUCUCGACGACGACAGUAGCAGCUGGGCGGUCGCGGAUCCCUGGUCGUCCUUUCAGCUAGUUCCGACGUCUUCUCCGGCGCCGGAUCAGGCGCCGGCGGCGGAAGCUACUGACGUCGACGACGUCGUCGUCGCCGCUUUAGACAGUAGCUCCAUUGAUGGAUCUUGCAGGCCGUCGCCGUCGAGUUUUGUGGCGUGGAAGAGGACGGCGGACUCGGACGAGGUGCAGGCCGUGCCGCUCAUCAGCGGAGAGCCGCCACAGAAGUUGCUGAAGAAAGCUGUCGCCGGAGCCGGUGCCUGGAUGAACAAUGGUGACAGCAGCGCGGCGGCGAUGACGACUCAAGGAAGCAGCAUCAAGAACCAUGUCAUGUCAGAGAGAAGGCGCCGGGAGAAGCUCAACGAGAUGUUCCUGAUUCUCAAAUCAGUUGUCCCGUCCAUUCACAGGGUGGACAAAGCAUCCAUUCUCGCAGAAACGAUAGCCUACCUCAAAGAGCUGGAGAAAAGAGUGGAAGAGCUGGAAUCCAGCAGCCAACCAUCGCCAUGUCCAUUGGAAACAAGAAGCAGGCGAAAGUGCCGUGAGAUCACUGGGAAGAAGGUUUCUGCAGGAGCGAAGAGAAAGGCGCCGGCGCCGGAGGUGGCCAGCGACGACGACACCGACGGGGAGCGGCGCCAUUGUGUGAGCAACGUGAACGUCACCAUCAUGGACAACAAGGAGGUUCUCCUCGAGCUGCAAUGCCAGUGGAAGGAAUUGCUGAUGACGAGAGUGUUCGACGCGAUCAAGGGAGUCUCCCUGGAUGUCCUCUCGGUGCAGGCAUCAACAUCGGAUGGUCUCCUUGGACUGAAGAUACAAGCCAAGGUCGUCAUCUCAGCGGCUAAUUUGCCUCAUCUGCUGCCGUCGAACCUGGAUGAUUACAGAAGCUCUCCGGAAAGCUAUAGCAAGCUAGCUAGCUAGAAGGUUGAGAUCAGUAUCGUCUUGGUCAUUUGCUCUCAUCUUGUUUAGGAGGUACCGGGAAAUAAAUCUUGUCGCUCUGAUCAGUGCCUCCUUACUAGUCUCGUGAUCUGUUGUAAGUAAUAGUUAGACAUGCAUAUAUAUCAUACAACAACGUUUGAUCUUGCAUGGUAGCAUAUAUAUGUACACCACAUUUCUUAUAUCUUUACUCCUUUAAAAUUCAGUGAGGAUGGUAAGUGAUGAAUCUGCCACCCCAUCACCAACUCCCUAAAA